AUGCCUACCAAACGCUACAAGUCCGCCCGCGCCGCCGCACAGUUCGACAAGAAGAAGAAGCCGAACGAGGACGAAGCCUCACCACCACGCACCAGCAACGGCGGCGCACUCGACCAAGUCCUCUCCGCCACGAUCCCAAAAGACCCAACACCCAUCGCCACCGCCCUGGCACUCAACCUCUCCGACACCACAACCCCCUUCCUCCCACAAUCCCCGCCAUCCAACAUCGCCACACCCAUCGACUCCGGCACCGAACUCCCCAACGAACCACCAACCCUUCAGCUCAGCGCGCCAACGCCGACCUCAUUCCCACUCAGCGAGAAAAACGCCGCCUUCUUCAACAAAUGGCUCCCCCGCUUCCACGCCUACAUCUCCACCUUCCCCACCACCAACUCCCUCGAACCCUUCCCAUCCUUCUGCCACGCCGGCCUCGACCUGCUCAUCGCCUUCACCCGCGACGUCACGAAAGAACACAUUGCCAAGAAAGGUCUCCCGCACGACGAGAUGCUUACUCCUCCGGGAGCGCCGGUGCAGGAGACGGUGUUCACGAACCCGUUUUAUGCGGGUGAUAAAGUGAAGAAUUUCUUGGAUGUGAAUUUCGAGAGGUGGAGAUUGACGAGGGAUGAGGGGGAGGAGUUGCAGGGUGUGAGGUGGGAGGAUGCGGGCGAGGAGUAUAGGAGGGAUGUGGAGGGGUUGUUGGAGAGGGUUGAGGGUUUGUGUGAGGUGGGGACGUGGGAGAGGGUUAAUCGGAAGGUUAGGGAGUUGAAGAGGGAGGGCCGUUUUGGGGAGAAGUAUCGGCCGAAGGAUGUGGUCAAGGAGGAGGAGGAUUUGGAGGGUGAGGGAGGUGAUGAGGUGGGGAGUGGAGAGGAAGGGGAUAGUGAGGGCGAGAAGGUGGUUGUUGCUGUUCCGGCGAAGAAGGGGAGGGGUCAGAAGAAGAAGAGCAAGGUUGCGGAGGAGGGCGUUGUGAGUGAGGAGCCUGUCGGUGGAGCCAAGGAGGAAGAGCAUUCAUGUGGAUGUCUUGGAUGUACGGUGCUGGGAGACGGCGAGAAGAUCGACGAGGAAGCCCGUGAGGGAGGCGGUGUGAGCGUUCCCGACGAUGAGAAGACGACCAAAACUGCGAAGGAGAACCCUGCGAACGAACAGCCGUUCGAUGCAGUCAAGCUCGGAGCAGCUGCGCGGGCCUUGCGAGAGCUCUGA